CCGCUGCAACUACCUCAUUCCACCACUCAUUCUGUUAUCACUUCCCCAAAUAAACCAGCCCCUGUUUUAUCCCCUCCCCAUACCCGACAGGGUUGCCCCUAUGGAAGGCCUGAUUCUAUCCCCUCCCCAGGCAGACCCGCAGGCACUGUUUCUAUUUCUAUCCCAGAGGAAGAGGUGACUCCUGCCCUUGUCCUUCCUCUCCGCCAGGUUCCAGAAGGUCGUUAUAUAUAUGUACCGUUUUCCACAACAGAUCUCUACAAUUGGAAAAACCAGAAUCCCCCAUUUAGUGUGGAUCCUAGUUCCCUGAUUUCCCUGGUUGAUCCUGUCUUUUUUAAUCAUCUCCCCACCUGGGAUGACUGCCAACAGAUUCUGCAUACCCUUUUCACUACGGAGGAAAGGGAGCAAAUCCUGGCAGAAGCAGCUAAAGCGCUGCCUGGAAUAAACUCUCUUACGCAUGACGAGAAAACGGAAGUAAUCAAUUUGGCUUUACCUAAAAGAAGACCAGACUGGGAUUAUGGGACUGCUGAAGGUAGGAGAGCACUCAGCGAUUACCACCAGGCUCUAUUAGAGGGUUUUAGGAGGGCAGCUCGCAAGCCCACCAAUCUUUCUAAAGUAGCAGAGGUGAAACAAAACCCAGACGAAUCGCCUUCAGCGUUUCUCGAACGUCUCCUAGAGGCAUAUCGUCUAUAUACUCCUAUAGACCCUGAGGACCCGACAAAUCUGAAGGUGAUUAACCUGGCUUUUGUAGCUCAGUCAGCCCCAGACAUCCGUAAAAAGAUUCAAAAGAUAGAUGGCUUUGCAGGGAAGAAUAGGUCAGAAUUAUUGGAGCUAGCCCAAAAGGUGUUCGAAAACAGAGAGAGCCAGGAUGAUCUACUGAUAAGGAAAGUAAAUCGGGCCACAGUAGCUGCACUAAGGUCUCCCGAAGUUUUUAAUUCCAGACAGAUGCAGGUGGCACAUGGCAGGGGCAAAAGACGGACUCCCCUCCAAAUAGAUCAGUGUGCUUAUUGCCGGGAAUAUGGACACUGGAAAAAUCAGUGCCCCCAAUGCAAUCGAAAAGACUUUCCCCUGCUGCAGACCGGAGCCCCUCAGCCAAAACCAGUCCUAACUUUAGAAGAAUAG